AGACACUUCAGCACCAGCAGCCAUGGAUGAGGAACAGUGCUACUACAACGAGACCAUCGCCUUCUUCUACAACCGCAGUGGCAAAUACCUCGCGACUGACUGGAACACCGUCAGCAGGCUGGUGAUGGGCCUCGGCAUCACCGUGUGCAUCUUCAUCAUGCUCGCCAACCUUCUGGUGAUGAUCGCCAUCUACGUCAACAGGAGAUUCCACUUCCCCAUCUACUACCUGAUGGCCAACCUGGCAGCUGCUGACUUCUUCGCCGGCUUGGCCUACUUCUACUUGAUGUUCAACACGGGACCGAACACGAGGCGUCUGACUGUUUCGACGUGGCUGCUGCGUCAAGGCCUGAUUGACACCAGCCUGACGGCGUCUGUGGCCAACCUGCUCGCCAUCGCCAUAGAACGCCACAUCACCGUGUUUCGCAUGCAGCUACACACUCGUAUGAGCAACCGGCGUGUGGUGGUGGUGAUUGUCAUAAUCUGGACCAUGUCUAUAGUCAUGGGGGCCAUCCCCAGCGUAGGCUGGAACUGUAUCUGUAGCAUUAGGUCUUGCUCCAACAUGGCGCCGCUUUACAGCAACUCCUACCUGGUCUUCUGGGCAGUGUUUAACCUGGUGACGUUUGUGGUCAUGGUGACGCUGUACGCCCACAUCUUUGUGUAUGUGCGGCAGAGGACCAUGAGGAUGUCGCGGCACAGCUCUGGACCGCGACGCAACCGGGAUACCAUGAUGUCUCUGCUGAAGACUGUGGUGAUUGUGUUAGGUGCGUUCAUUGUCUGCUGGACCCCCGGCCUGGUCAUCCUCCUCCUCGACGUCUUCUGCGCCAGCUGCAACGUCCUCGCCUACGAGAAGUUCUUCCUGCUUCUCGCCGAGUUCAACUCAGCCAUGAACCCCAUCAUCUACUCCUACCGCGACAAGGAGAUGAGCGCCACCUUCAGGCAGAUCCUGUGCUGCCAGCGGCAGGAGAACGUCAACGGGACGGCGGCCGAAGGAUCCGACCGCUCGGCGUCUUCCAUUAACCACACGGUGCUGAGCGGCAGCGGCAUGCACCACCACCACCACCACAACGAACACUCGGUGGUGUAAAACACAGGCUGGAGGUCUUGGAGAUGAAUCCAUCUGCCUGAAGAGGUUUUCUCUAAAGGUCACUGCAAGAAGGUAAAUGGAUGUUUGUUGAGGAUGAGCGGGACAUGAUAUGGACGAAAGACACGAUCAGUUUGGGAGGCGGGUAGAUGAAGCUGAAGAUGAACAGCAAUGAAGAAGAGGAUGGAGAAAGAUGGAAGGACUUCAUCUGUCUGGAGAACAGGAGUCUGACCUUCAAGGACUCUGAUAGGCUGUUAGUAUUUUUGUUUAGUUGUUUAUUGUUUUCUAUUUGUGUUAACUGUGUUGUUACGGGCAAUGAUGACAUGAACUAUUUAAAAGUAAUCUGUGAAAUGAAGGUAAUGCCAGUAUAGCCCGUCGUCUCUCUGCAGGCGCCUCUGACUUUCUGAUCUUUAGAUCCCAUCACGCUUCACAUCAGAUGUACGGUGGUGCUACACACACCAUGUGAAGCUACCAUUGCUUUGGGUCUGAUCCCAGGUUGACAUCACUAUAGUUCCUUCUUACAUUUAGUGGAGAAGACUUCAGAUCUGUGGAGAUUUUAAACCAACAUGUGUUGUUAUGUGACACAAAUGUGUGACUGAAUAUUAUUUCCUGCAGCUUUAAGUUCAACAUUGACCUUUUGGAGACUUUCUGGAUCAAGUUCAGUUACACAGAUUUCAAAAGGUUGCAUCCAAAAAUCUACCAAUGAGCUGCCGGUGCUUCUGAGCACGCCAACGAAUAUCUAAAAGUCUGACAUGUUUACCAUGUCUAGCAACCUGCCAAAGCCCCGUCCUGGUCCAUCCAUCGUACAGUCAGCACAGUGUUUGGGAAGCCGUCCUGUGACCUGACAGCCUGAAUGCUUCGGGCUGCUUCACUCCACUGACCAUCCUCGCUGAUUAAAAUGCUUGUGUGAAUCCAUCCCAACGGUUUCUUGCUUUCAUCCAACUUAAAUACACGAAGGGUCCAAGACUUGCAAGAAACCCUGGUUUGUUUAUUCCCUCUGAGGAAUUAAAGACUUGUUGUUCCAGGGGUCUCACCAAGAAGACAAGCAGGGUUAUGAGCUGAAGGUCAUGUCUGGUCAGAGGUACCAGACCGCCUCUUGCUGUGUCCACGAGGAAGUGAAUGUGAAAUUAUAACCAGUGUUAAUGUGUUGGAGCCUCCUGGUGACUCUGACAUUAAAACUACACAGCUGGCAACAAAACAGAAAGAGAAGAGGCGUUUCCAGAAGGUGGUGGCUGCCCUGCUGAGGGCGGGCCGUUCCAUCAGUCCAGCAUCAACACAACGUUAAAAUGGAUUUAAUGAAUGAAGGAUUGAGCAACCCGACAACAUCCACUAACAUGUUUUCUAGCAGCUGUGCAGAACUGAACAGGCAUUCAGCUCUGUCACAAGGUCAGUUUAUACGAGGUGGGCAGAGUCAGACUAAAGAAGCUCGAUGACCAGUUUGAACUUUACCACAGUUUAGUAAUGAAGCCCAGAAUGAGAAGUCUGCUGCGUUGCCCUGAGCGGCGCUUGCAUCCCCCAUCCCACAACAUGCCCUCGUGUCUCGGCGUGUUGGGCAGUUUGUGGGACCAAAAUGAAGUCAGGGUUCACCAGAGGCAGCGCUCGGGUGUAUUUCAGAAGACUCAGUGACUCUUCGUUCAGGGACUCACGGACUAGAGCAGCCUUCUGAUUGGCUGUGGGAACGCUCCAGUUUGCUGCAUCUUCCCUGUUCACCAGAAAAUGACUGACGUGGACACGUGUUCUUACCGUGUCAUUGGUGCUGUGAAGUAAACAUUAGAACAUGUUUUGUUGGUGGCUGGAGUUAAGAUGAUGGUGUUUACUGCAGCACAAAGCAAGUACCUUUCAGUGACGCGUUGGCGUAUCCGCUGACCAUAAGACGCUCUGAGUGCGUUUUCACAGUUGGCUGAGUGAGAAGUGAGCAGAAAUGGAGCCAGUCCAGUGCUGAACGAUGUCACAUUCUUCUCCACAAGUGCCCUCCCUGCCCUCUGCCGUUAACUACAGAUUUGUGUGCCAGCUGAAUGUCAGCGUGGUGAUGCCAUGACGUACGUCCUCUCUCACUGCCAGCUGAUGUUUUGUCAUGACUUGAAUCAAAACAGUUUUUGGCCAAAGCACACAGUCACGGCUCCCAGCAGCCGACAGCCAAGUCGGAACCGCAGUCGGGUGUUAUCCAGGAAGAAGAUGUCUGUCAGGAUUUAAGCUGCAGCGCAGACAUAAAGUCAGCUGUGAUUCUUGCCGGUCGCGCGUCCAAAUUUUUAGCCAGUUUAUCGAGAACACGAUAAAGAUCACAGCUUCUCCUUGUCACCAUGUGAGGCUUCCCCACGGCUUUGCUCUGUCUUCUCACUGCUCACAUGAGACGCUGUGGUCGAGGCGCCGUGCACCAGUUUCUUUAUUGUGUUGGUGCAUUUUUUAUCUUUGUAAAAUAAAUAAAUAAAUAAAAGCAGAGAAAAUCACAAAUCUUAACUUCCAUAAAAUAUUUGCUUGUUCUUAAACUCCACGCCUGUGAACUGACGCGGGUCUGAGCGCCGCUCAUUGUCUCAUCCACCAAACUCCGUCCAUGGACGGCCUCCAUGUCCCACUGUCACCCAAAGAACUGAUUCAGGUUAUUAUAGCAAACCAACUAAACUUUUCUAUGGCUUUGUUUACCAGUGUGUCCCUCUUCGUAUACCGUUGUAAGUACAUGUGUACAGUAUGUUUAUAUAAAAUAUAUUAUUCAAAGUUAAUCACCAAAGGGAAACGUGUUGUGUGCCUGUAAAGUGAACUGUUAUACUCUGUCCAGAUGUACUGUAGGAUUGUCUUGUUUUUUAAAUGUCAUUUGUAUUGCAACCCUACUUACUGAGUUACCUGUAGACACUAUUACACUUACUAACCUGUUGUGUGUGAGUGCAGCGAGCAGCUCAGCACCAGACUGAGCGUCUCUGUUUGAAGCCUUCAGCUUGUUUCCCACCAACACGUCCACUGAUGGACGCUCCAAAAGUUAUAUUCAGGCGCAACAACACCUUGUGUCACUUUCUGAUAUAUUCCUUUUUUUGAGUUGCAACAGCUUCUAUAGAAAUUAUGUUCAACCAACGACGAGUUAGUGGAAAUAUCGCUUUCUCUACAAUCCCAGAUAUUUCUAAGAUGAGAACAGAUUUAUUGAUUAUUGAUUGGUAGCAGAAACACAGUGUUUUAUGUUGAGAUAUAUAUAUAUAUACAUAUAUGUAUAUAUAUAUAUAUAUCUUAGGAUAGGUUUGAACAGAAGUUAAACAUUUUUUAAAGUUCAUUUGCUCCAACUGGAUUUUCUUCGGCAGGUUUUGGCCUAUUUUAUGUUUUUGUAGCUUUUCAGGAAUUACUUCACUCGUUGACAUUGAAAUUGACUUUUCUUUGAUAUAUAUUUGAACUGCAGUCAUUUAUUUGCAUUAUAUUUAUACAUUGAACAUAAAGACAUGAAACAGUAAAUUCAGGUUUAAACAUUCAAUAUUAAGUUGAUGCAGUUAUUAUGAGGUUAACUUUUAUCUAAUUUAAUAAAUUAGACUUUUCUUUUAUCUACACCCAUACAUUGAAGGAAGUGUCCUAUUAAUGACCUUUUCAGAGCGAACACUGAUCCGUCCCUGCAGCUCGGUGAGAAUGAAACCACUGGAGAUCAUCAGAUGAUGCUAAGCUACUUUUUAAGCUCGUGUGUUGUUAACAAAUCGUCUCAUGACUGCUUUAAAGUACAACAGAGACGAAUGUCAGAUGAAUGCUUCUCAACAGAACUGCUUCUGCCGUUGUUCUCUGUGUAAAUCCAGAACUGUCCUGUUUCCCACGGAUGGUCAGAGACCACUUUUAUGCCUUUCUCUCCUCAGACUAGCCCAUCCCGGCUAUUGUGCCCUGACUGCUUCUUAUUCUGUCUGAAUGCUGCGUCCAGCUGUGGCCUUCAGGCUGAUGUUGCAUGACGCAGCGUGUUCGCAGUUUAGGACUGUUUGUGUUUUUAAUACCAGAAGCUGUGCGUUGCAAAGUUGUACCCACAGUGGGGAUGUGUGCACUGCUGAGGAUUCAUGACUGAUCUGAGCUCAGCUGGAAGUCUGAAACAGUCUGUUUUCCAAAGCGAACCAUUGCUCUAAAAGGUUGUUGAAGAAAAAAAGAAGCAAACCACAGAUUUUAACAAAUGUACCAGUAGUUUCUAGAACGUAGUUGUGACACAGAAGUAAAUGUGAUUUCCGUACUAUCUAUACUGUAGAGGCCAAUAUGACUGAAUGUCCUGCCAGAGUCAUCGUGUUGAUGUUCCAGCAACAAUAAAAAUCAUCAGAGAGUCUGAAA